UUUGAAUCUCGUUUUAUCUUGCUCAGGUGUGAUAAACAGUCUUUCUUAUCUAGUUUGAAUCUCGUUUUAUCUUGCUCAGGUGUGAUCAGUGUUGAAGAGUUCAAGAAGGUAACAGUCCCAGCAAUCACUGGGUAUUUUGACAAACUCAGAGAAGUUCCACACUUGCGCAGUAGGAAUAGCGAACAGGCUUGGAUGUUCCACGAUAACCCCAAGUAUCCAUUGUUAGCAGACUUCCAUGGAAGGAUUCAUCGUUUGACUGGUCUUCCAAAACACAUGAUUCGUCACAGCGAACCAGUUCAGGUCGUCAAAUAUGAUGUUCGUGGCCAUUAUCAUGCUCAUACUGACUCGGAUGAAUUGAAUGACACCUUACCUUGYUGCACACUAAACAGAGAGGAAAACUGCCGUCUUUGUAGGUAUGACACUCUUU